AUGGAUGUUAGCUUCAAGAAAGAGAACCGUCCCAUACUCAUAAAAUGCAUCACUCCUGCAAUCGCCCUCCUCGUCUUUGGUGUAUUAUAUCAGCACGAGGGGCCAUCUGCUCCUCCUAUUGAAAGUCCGCAACCCAUUCCCGAACACCUUCGCAACUUGGGAUCCUCUUUGCCAUCUGAUUACAAUACCGACGAACAAACCAAGCGGGCUGGAGCUUGUGCCAAUGUGGAUUACGCAAACGCAACCUAUCUGGACCAGGUUGAUUUACACUCCUUGCCUCUCAAUGAACUUAUGAUUGAAUUGGAUCAUCCCUUCUUUGUGUCCCCGCCAAAUCCAAAUGGACCUACCAUUGUGGAUAUUGGACUCUACAUACACAGCAUAUUCGAUCUUGAUCCAGGUCUAAGUACUUUUGAAAUGGAAGGAUAUCUUGAUCUCAUCUGGUGUGAUCCGCAUACCAAGUUUGAUGCAGAAGCCGAGGGCAAGGAUCGGCACAUUUUUCUAGAAAGAGACGCGGCAAAAGAAUUGGAGUCUAUUUGGUGGCCAGCGAUUGCAUUCAAAAACGAAAAGGGGAAGCGAGUGACGGAAAACCAGGAAGUUGUUAUUGAGAGCGAUGGUACUGUCGAGUACAGAGAAAAGUUCAAGGUAACUUUGACGUCCAAAUAUGAAAUGACACAGUUUCCUUUCGACAAGCAGGUCUUGAGAGCCGAGGUUGAGUCCUUCGCAUGGAACAGCGACCAAAUGCAGUUUCAUAUCGAGGAGGACCUAGUAGGCUUUUCGGAAGACUUCGAAAUUCCCGAACAAACCAUGACCCACAUUGAAGAACAUCUUGAAACUGUCAAGGAGGCUCGCGAUCGCCACCCAUUCUCCGAGCUAGUGACUGAGAUUCAUAUCCACAGGAAUCCAGCGUACUACGUUACCAAGGUUUGCAUUCCACUUUGCCUUAUUGUGGCCAUUUCGUGGGCAGUCUUUUGGAUGGACCCAACCGAUCUGGCAAACCGCAUGGCGAUCUCCUUUACUGGAGUGCUCACGUCUGCUGCAUAUCAGUUUGUUGUGUCCGACAUUCUACCAAGACACAUUACCAAUACGUUCUUGGCAAACUUUGUGCUGGUGACCUUUGUGAUGCAGAUUUUGACUGCGAUUGAGAACGUGGCUGUCCGGAAUUUGCACUUUCAAGGCCACCCUUUGGCAGCAAAGAUGAUAGACCGUGUCUGCAGAGUUGUUGUGCCGCUUCUCUUUCUGGCAGUUUGCAACAUCAUGGCAAGCGUUCAGAUUCUACAUGAUGAUAAAUUGUCGUAUGGUGGACUCCUCUGCGUCUCGAUCGGUUUGCCAGUUUUGCUGAUACUAAUUGUGUUGUACAUGAUUCGUCGCUUCAAAGCUAGCCACCCUGAAUACGGCUCUGCGAAGACAGGGACAGAUAAUCCCAUCGAAAAGGAUUUGAACAAAACUAGCCAAGACCAUAUCGAUGUAGAGUCAGGAGAGGAUAAAUAG